AUGGCAUCCACAGACCAAAAAGAAUUGCAAAAUAGCGUUCAUGAGCAAAUGCAUGGCGCUGUCACCAUUAUCGUACUUGGCGCCUCUGGAGAUCUGGCUGGAAAAAAGACGUAUCCAGCAUUAUUCAAUCUGCACCGCACAGGCUUUCUCCCCGAAAAGACACACAUUGUCGGUUACGCUCGAUCGAAAUUGGAUCGCGACGAAUAUGUCAAGCGCAUUACAGGCCAUUUAAAGAUUGAAAACGACGACGACAAGCGCAAAUUGGACGAGUUUUUGGAGAUGACUGAUUAUACGCAGGGCAAAUAUGAUCAAGACGAGGCAUGGCAGAAUUUGAACAAGCAUGUCGGUGACUUGGAAAAUAAGCGUGGAUUGGAAAAGGGUCAAAAAAACCGACUUUUUUACAUGGCAUUGCCGCCAUCCGUGUUUCUGCCGGUGGCCACGGGUUUGCGAAAGAAUGUGUAUGGAUCCGAAGGACAUAACCGCAUCGUUGUCGAAAAGCCGUUUGGAAAAGAUUUGGAGAGCUCAACCGAGCUAGCCAAGGAUUUGGGUCAAUUAUUUACUGAAGACGAGAUCUAUCGUAUCGACCACUAUCUCGGCAAAGAGAUGGUCAAGAAUAUCAUGACCCUGCGUUUUGCAAACAUGUUCUUAAGCCCCAUGUGGUGUGCUGAGAGCAUUGCCAACGUUCAGAUUACUCUUAAGGAGCCGUUUGGUACUGAGGGUCGCGGUGGUUACUUCGACGAGUUCAACAUUAUCCGUGAUGUCAUGCAAAACCAUUUGUUACAAAUCUUCUCCCUUAUUGCCAUGGAGAAGCCUGCCGGCCAAGAUCCGGAGUCGAUCCGAGAUGCCAAAGUGAAACUUUUGCGACACGUCAAGCCAAUAGAUCUCAAAGACACAUUACUGGGGCAAUACAUUGCAGCGAACGGCAAGCCUGCUUACAAGGACGACGACACUGUGCCCAACGACAGCAUUUGCCCAACCUUUGCUUCGAUGGUUUUGUGGGUCGACAACGACCGAUGGAGAAAGGUGCCGUUUAUUUUAAAAGCCGGCAAAGCUUUGGACAAUCAAAAGGUUGAGGUCCGCGUACAGUUCAAAGACGUGCCUUCCGGCUUGUUCCACAAUGCUGUGCGCAAUGAACUUGUUUUGCGCGUCCAACCUGGCGAAGCCAUCUAUUUCAAGUUUAAUAACAAGAAUCCAGGCCUGUCGUACAGAACCCUCACUACGGACCUCGACUUGACGUAUGCCGAUCGUUACAAGGAUAUGCGUGUGCCAGAUGCCUACGAAGGCUUAAUCUUGGAUGUCUUACGAAGCGACCAUUCCAACUUUGUUCGUGAUGACGAGUUGGAUGCCGCUUGGCGUAUCUUUACGCCGCUCUUGCAUAAGAUUGAUCGUGAUCGUAUUGAGCCCAAGCCUUAUGCAUAUGGUUCGCGUGGUCCAGAAGACCUGGAUGAAUUCGUUAAGCGAUACGGUGUUGCUCGUAGAGCGGAUGUGCCAUAUGAGUGGCCUGUCCAAAGUGUCGCAAAGUAG